UCAGUACAGUUACUGACGGCCCGUACCGUGAACGAUCGCCGCCGUCGUCGUUGUCGUCUUCGUUGACACCGUCGAGCAGAGCCGAGUUCGUUCUACCAUGCGCUGCACUCGAUAAACACAUGCAGUUAAGCGACAAGUGGGGGAACGUUCGGAAAGAGAGCAACCGAACAGGGCGUCCGUUCGAUCGGUGGAUCAGGUAUAGUUCCAUGAAGAAGUGACAGUGGUUUCGGAUGUGUAUAUGGACGAGACCGCCACGAUGACCGUUCCACCGACACUGCCGGCGAAGGCUCAGGCCCGGGAUGCGAGUCAGGUUGCCCGACAGACUGUGUCAAUCCGGACUGUUUCCAAUCCCCCCACGGCCACUCUGAGCACCGGGGCCGGAGCAACGGUAUUCGUCGGACUGGCCGCUCCUGGCGUUGAUUCCGCGGCAGCCUGUAGGAGAAGAAUCCCGGAAGUGCAAUCCGCGAACGGGUACGGUAAGCAGACCAGCGUGAAGCCGCCGGUACAGAGCCAGCAACAGUCCAGCCCGCAACAGCAGCAGAACCACCAGCAGCAGCAGGCAGCUCACGUGGUGAAGAUCAAGAUCAAUCCAGAUGGUGACAAGAACGGCAGAGUGAUAUCGACCGUACGACUAACCCUGGACGAGAAGAUCGGCCAGGAAGCCGAGCAGGAGAACGGUAUCGCGUGCGAACGUUCGAGCAAACGUGACGUUGGUGGUGUUGUCGUGAGUGCGACGAAUCUGGUGAACGAGCAGCGUUGUGGAAGUGCCGGUGCCGGUGAAGCCUGUGUGAGGAUCAGUGUCGGCUGCAACGCGUUCGAACAGAACAACAACGAGCACGACAAACACGACCGCAACAGCAGCUCGCCGAAAGACAUGGUACACCGCGACAGCCCCGACACCCUGAACUCCUCGGCGAACGGUCGAUCGAACGCCUGCUUCUACUACAACUCGUACCAGAGCCCGUUGAACGGCAUGGUGAUGUCCAGCGGCCAGUGUUCGCCGAGCGACACCUUGGACAGCGGUACGUGCAGCGACCUCGACGGCACACCGCCGCCGUUGCCCAAGAAGAAGAACGCCAGCACCGUUCUCCUAGCCAGCGAGCAGCACAAGCGCACCGGCAGCUUGACCAGCAGCGGCGCGGAAGUGGACAGCGACGAUAACGAGAGCAACAUCAGCUGCGACUCCCUGAACGCCGGUGACCUCAGCGACGGGAUAGUAGGACGGAACGUGAACGGGAGCAUCGAGCCUGACCGGCAGUCCCUCGACUACCAGGAGCCCGAUCAUCACGAGCAUAAUCAUCAUCAUAAUCACCACCAUCAUCAUCGUCUGGAGAACGGCGUCGAGGACCGCGGCAAGGGCACCGUUCUGAAUCUAAACCGGCUGGACCUGUCGAACGGAAACGACCACAUAGACACGGGCAACAAGGACUCGACACCUGUCGCCACGACGCCGGAAGUCGAGUCGAAUUCUUGCUCGUCCGCCGGCUCGCCCAGCGUCUCGCCGUCACCGUCCGCCGCGUCCACUCUGUCGAAGGCGUCGUCCACGCCGCGGAUCAGGAGCCCAGACCCGUCUGCCGAGCCCAACGGGAAACCGUCGUCCUCGCCGGUGGUGCAGGAAUGCACCUACGAGGAGAGGAAGCAGGAGCAGGAGAGGCGGACCGCGCAGGAGUCGGUCGACGUCGACACGAGCAUCAAUCCCGUCACCGGCAAGAAGUACGUGUACGAGUACGACAGGUUUUACAAGUUCCACGUGAACGAGCUGAAGGGGAACAAUAAGGACACGGGCAGGGGAGUGGUGUUGGGGGAUAAGGACACCGACGAAUGUUUUGCCGGUUACAAGAUCCUCGAUAAGGAAGCCAUACGGAGUGCCAAGGGAACUGUGCGCGGUGUCAAAAACAGGGUGCGCGCCGGCAUCGCGACGUUUCUCCAGAAACCAUCGUCACAGGCGUACAUAAAGAAGGAGCUGGGCAAGGUGGUGGUCUACACGACGACCUCCGGCAUCGUUAGAAAAACCUUCUACAACUGCAAGAAAGUGAAGCAGAUCCUCAGGACGCACAUGGUCAAGUACGACGAGCUGGACCUGUUCGGCGAUGCAGAAUUGCAGGCCGAAUUGAGGGAUCGCCUCGGCCUGUCGACGAUACAAUUGCCUCAGCUCUUCAUCGAUGGACAACACAUCGGGGGAUUUGACACCGUCGAGCGACUCAACGAGUCCGGCGAACUGAGGGACAUGCUCAAGCCGUACCAGAGCGACGACGCGUGCACCGUGUGCCUCUUCUGCGGCGGCUACCAGUGGCAGCUCUGCCCGAUUUGCAACGGGAGCAAGAGGUCCGUGCACCGCAACGACUUCACGGCGGAAUUCGUCGCGCUGAAGUGCGCGAAGUGCGACGUGAACGGCCUGAUACGCUGUCCCCAUUGCUGAACGACCGGGGAACGCAACCGACGGACGCGUCGACGUUUCCUCGGAGCCGCGGCAGCCUCUACACCUCUCUCUACUUAAGACUUAAGGUGCUACCCGAUCGUACGUUGCAUUACACGUGAACACUUUACCUAUCGUGAUCCGAAUCACUAAAUCUCUCGGCCAGAAUUCACUCACCUGUAUCCGAGAAAUCGGAUUUCCAUUGGUAACCUCCUCAUCGACCGGAAUCUUCGAAUUCACCGCUUAUCGAUCGACGUUGUAUCAGUCGUGGUACCGUUCACGUGUUGACUUUUAUAAUUGCUUUUUCAUUGAAUCAAGGUAACGCGUCGCGGGAUUAGCGACGAGUAUCCAUUCCACGGAUCCGUUAGGUAAAGUGUUAAGUAAUUGCGUCGCGGGCUACACAGAAGUCCGUCGCAUCGAACAGGCGCCCCGUCGAGCGCGCGAGCGGCGUCCUCGAGCUCUUCGUUUCUUUUUACCCGGAAGCGGCCCCGCUGUUUCCUGUUGCCAGGAUAAUCUCUCCCGCGGAUUCCGGGAAACGCGCAACGCGAGCUGGAUUCGGGAAUUCGAGAUAACGCGGCGCCUCUACGCUCGACCCCGACUACUGAACACGUUCCGCGGACGCUGAUUGCGCGGCCGUGACCGUGAACUGUAAAAUAUCGGCUAAUAAAGCUUAUCUAACGUUUUGUAAUAUGCAACUGAUCCGAUCGUCGUUCUCUUUUCUACCCCCCCACCUCCGAGCAGUCCUCUUUUACAACGCGACGAAGAUUGCGGUUUUAUUGGCUACGACUUGUUCCAAUACGUCGUCCUAUUUUCAGCGGACUAACCGAUAUUGCGAAACUAGAAAAUACGCAUCGCGGAAGUUCUUUUUAACUCUGUAGGCGGUUCUCCGUGAGCACUUGAUUCGAUACAGUCGAACGAUGAAAUGUUAUACUCGAUAUGAAAGCGUGAUGCGUCGAUAUGUAAAAUAUUGA